GUCUCUCGCUCGCUCUCGUCUCGUCUCUUCUCGUCUCCUCUCCCAGUCCCAUCACCCCGUGUGCCCGUCCGUGCGUGCGGCCGGCGGCGCCCUGAUCGAUCGAUCGACCGACCCGUGCCGUGCCCCGGCCGGAUGGAGGCGUCAGCUGGAGGAGGUUGGGGAGGCGGCGGGCCCGCCGCGCGGAGCAGCCCGGCUGCCGUGCAGGCCACCAACGACGACGCCGCGGCCAGCAAGCUGUCCUGUGUUAACAAAGGAUACAUGAAGGAUGAUUAUGUGCGCUUUUUUGUCAGGCGAGCAACAAGGAGGGCUCCAAUAAUCAAUCGUGGGUACUAUGCACGUUGGUCUGUUCUUAGGAAGCUUCUCCAUCAGUUCCUCAAUGCAGGGAAGAAUAGUAACGAUGAGAAGCGGAAACAAAUAUUAUCUCUUGGCGCUGGCUUUGACACAACAUUCUUCCAGUUGCAGGAUGAAGGGAUUGCUCCACACCUUUAUGUUGAGCUGGAUUUUAAGGAGGUAACCAGCAAAAAAGCUGCCAUCAUUAACCACUAUAGUGAAAUGAAGGAUAAGUUAGGAUCAGAAGCUUCAAUUUCAAUUGAAAAAGGUGAAGUGACAAGUGCGCAUUAUAAGCUAUUUUCUGCCGAUAUUCGUGACAUACCAAAACUGGAUUCAGUUAUUCGCAUGGCUCAAAUGGAUCCUAGCUUGCCGACCUUUAUAAUUGCAGAAUGUGUGCUUAUUUACCUAGACCCAACUGCCACUGGUGCUAUUGUUAGUUGGACUUCUGAAAAGUUCUCCACUGCCAUUUUUUUCUUAUAUGAGCAGAUCCAUCCUGAUGAUGCAUUUGGGGAGCAAAUGAUUAGAAAUCUUGAGAGUAGAGGAUGCCCCCUCCUUGGUAUAAAUGCUACACCAACCUUGAGUCACAAGGAGAAACUUUUUCUUGACAAUGGAUGGCAGAGAGCUGUUGCGUGGGAUAUGCUGAGAAUUUAUAAUGACUUUGUCGACAGUGAAGAAAGGCGCAAGAUUGAACGAUUAGAAUUGUUUGAUGAAUUUGAAGAGUGGCAUAUGAUGCAGGAACACUAUUGUGUGGCUUAUGGAAUCAAUGAUGCCGAGGGCAUAUUUGAGAAUUUUGGGUUCGACAAGGAAUAGCAUUCGCCGUGCCUUUUCUUUUGUUGGUAUCUGCGGCACUCGUUGUAAACUGAUACGGUUCAAACUAGAAAUUCUAAGUCUUCAUCGGAGAAACUUGUGCAUGAAAUGUUAGUCUUUUUCCAGAAAAAAGACGGAACAGAGUACCUACAGCUCUUUAUGUUGCGGCUUGCUUGAUAAGAUGUUCAACGACUUUUCGUGAGUUAAACGGUGUUGUGCUUAAUUUAACCUUUGGUGACA